CUGAAUCAGUACGCAUUUCAAAUCUAUGCGUUCCUCAGUCUUAAAGGAUCUUCUAGGAAAAUUAAAGGGGGUCGAUUAUGUUAUUCUAGAGUCUGUUGCAUUUGAAAAAUUUAGUUCAUGUCUGUUGUGUUCUGGCGUAAAAAACAUAUUUCCCAUUUAUGACGUCACUGAGGAACUAGUCAACAAAACCUUCAUUUUCAUCGUAUCCUCUCCAUUUACAAAUUCGCUUCUUGAACAGAUUACGUCUGUUGUGUAUGAAAAUGGAAAGCGUUCAGGUUCUCUUAUAUUGUCCACUGUAGAAGCUACUGGGAAUUGUGAGCUUUUCAAGUUACCUCAUGUGAACGAAUAUCCGGAGUAUGAUGUGCAGUAUUUGUCUAAAGACAACAAACUGCUUACUUGCAAAAUAGAGUUCGUUUUUAGUACUCCACGAGAUGCUUUCAGAAAUUUGUAUGUCCUUCCAAAAUCGCACGCUUUACUUCCCGGUUCAGAAAAUCACUGUCCUGCGUUUUAUGAAAUCAACAGCAUCUUCUGGUCCUUGAAGAUUGUCGAGGAAGUUUAUUCAUUUGGACAGACUAGUAGUAAAGUUGCUGCACUGUUUGCUGAUUUUCCUGCUGCAGUAAGCAGAAAAAAGUCUCUUCAUGAUAGUGCUGAAAAAUGCACAGCUUCAGUUAUUUUCAUUGAUGAAUCAAUUAUUUGUGACCCAAUUGCAUGUUUAGAGCCGUAUACAAGAUCAAAUCAUUUAUUAGAUACCAUUUUCGCUGAAUUAUCUCCUGACGGUCACCAAAUCAAUGUAUCGUGGGAACACUUAUCCAAGUGCCCAUCUGAAAAUAAAAACCACGGAAAAAUUUUAUCACAUGACCUGUGUACGGAUUUAUUGCAGUCAAUGGAUGUAUCUGUAAAUCCCUUACUUGAUGAUUAUUUCAUGUUGAAAGAGCAUGCAUCACUCUCUAAAAUCCAACAAAACUUACUAAAUAUCUCUGAGUUGAUACACUAUGAGUUACCUGAAUUAUCUGAACCACCAAGAACCAAGGCAAAAUGGGCUGAUCUGUUACGAAAUCAAAUUAAGGAAUUAUUCAUACCAAUUUGUAAAUCGGGUCGUUUCGACCUUCUAAAUCAUAUUCAGUUAACGUUAGCUGUAAUUAAUACAUUCGAUUCAAUUACAAGUCGCAAUCGAUAUCAUCAUAAUGUUCACGAUGAUAUGAUUAGUUUGGAGAAGUUAUUGGUGAAGUUUGAACGUUCUUUAUUGGUUGCCAGUCAAGCUGAUGCUAAACUUAUUCAACAACUUCAAAAACCAACACAUUGUGAGCCGAUUCUAUUAAAUGCUUACAAAGAAGCCAUAAAAUUACCAAGUCUUGAUGAGAUGCUUCUCUUCGUAAUACACACAAUAAGCUUAGUACCUAUUCAUUCACCUCUCUCAGAAUCAAUUUGGUCAGCUAUUCGAAGUUUCGUGUAAAUUGGUUUGACUUUUAGGUUACACUUGUCGCUGAUUAAUCUUAGUUGGGGUGGAGUUACACUGAAUACUAUAGAGCACUAGUUAUGACUAUUUUCUAAAACCUUGAGGAUUCAUCUCAAAGUAAGUCACUAGUGUACAUACAAUUAUGGUAUUGAUGAUGAGGUUUUGUGGAGAUUAGUAUAAUUUGUUAGUAAGUCAUGAGUAUACAUUGAUGAUGAGUCCCAUGCUUGAAAAGAAAAACUGUCCAGUGCCUCCUGGUUUUCAUUGUUACCCCUGCUGAGAUCAAUCAGUGACGAGUUAUUACAAAUAUUAUCAAAUUUAGCCACUCUAGUAAUGUAGUUGAACUUGGCAACAUUUAAGUUUGGAAUACUGAAAUAAUAAGGAAGAUUUAUAGCUCAAGACGAGGAUUUUUGUAGUGUCUCAUUCUAUUAACUGAAUGGUGUAACUACGAGGCUUUUAUUAUCUUUCUAAAUACAGCAUUAUUAGUGUUUGAUUCAAGUAGGAGUGAGCUUUUCGAUUAUUCCGCUAAGUCGGUUCGUUCUGAUUAUUCUUUUUGCUUAUAAUCUUCACGUAUUAUUGUAUUUCUGUCGACUGGUUUUUUAUUGACCUCCGUCCAUCUGAUUGCUCGACAUCUUCCUUAUAGAGUGAUAAAUUAGAUCAGUGCCAAAAUAAGGUUAAGUCCAAACGUUAGUGCUACUGUGGUGUGCGCUACUUAUAUUGAUAUAAGUAGUAUAUGAUGUUAGUCGUGAACAGAAGGUCUGGCAGCAGAGAGACAAGAGGAUCGAACAGUAACGAAUGGGACAUGAUGCAAUUUGUAUGAAAAUGCAAGAACAAUGAAGUCUGGGUCAUUUUGAGACAAUUGAUGGACAUUUUGCAAAUUAAGCAUUUACUUUAUAAUUGUUAGAUUUUAUUAAUAAAUCCUGUAAUUUUGUGUUGAAUACAUCGGAUUGUCCCCACUGGUGUUCGUGUUCACUACACUGCAAGCCUAAUUAUACAGCAUCAAAAGACAGAAAACUUGUCUUUUACAAAAAGAGCCUCUCAUAUUAUGUACGAAGUGCAAUAUUACUUUAUAACUUGUACUCACUUACAGUUUGUUAGUAACCUUGAGAAACAUAGGGUAAUAUAACAUACCGAAAGACAAGUUAUCUAAUGAAGAUAAUAAACUCUAAGAUUCUAGGUUUAUGACAGGAUUUCGUCGUAUAAAAGUUAUAACUCAAAUUACACCAUUUGAAAUUUUCGAAUAUUCUUAACAAAAACAACUUUUGGUAGCCCUUAGUAUUUCCUCGAAAAAACCUAAAGACUACAAGAAUGCUUAAUGUGCUUCGUCCAGUCAAUGUUCUUUGGAAUCCGUCAAGAGAAUCAUAGAAAACAAUGUGUUAUAUGUCAAAUCCUUAUUGAAUACUUAGCAGUUAUAUCACUAAUUCCAAUGUGUUUUCAGAAGUCCUUAGAAUCUAAGGGUUAUAUUUGAACGUGUAAAUGCCUUAGUUUUCUAUACAUUAGUUAAGCUUCGACGAAAGCUUUCGCACUCCACACCUUUUGUUUUCUGCACGGAGUUCGAGUGUUCAACUAUUAGACAUCAAUAAAAAAUGUAAUUUGAUAAUCAUCAUCUCGAUCAACGUAAAGGUGGUUUCAUGCUGCACAUCUACUUUGAACAUUGUUUCCUGUUUAACUAUCAUUGUCAAGUAACUUUCCCUUGCUGUCUUAACCAUCGAUUCCACAGUUUGAUAUAAUCAAAGUUGAUGACUUUUACUUAAUUUUCUUCAUUACCUAGUAUUCUAUGAAACGUCUGUAGAAUCCCGGAAACAAGCGAUUAAAACAAGUUUUGCGAAUCUGACUAAUUUUCGUCAGUCAGUCAUUCAUUGAAACAACGUGAAGGGACAACAUUAAUUCUUCUCAGUAACUGUAUGUAGUGUCAUGCUAGCUACACAUCUGCUUGUAGAUAAAAAAUAAUACUACCUGUUCAAGACACUACUCAUAAUUCACCAUCACUACUCAAGAACUGUGUGCUUCAACUAAUACUAAUCACAUAUAUAUUAAUAUCAGCUUCUGUUAGCUUAGCUCUAAAGUCCUCCUACAUUAUUCCCUCCAGUUUAUUUACAACUAGUAAUUGUAACAUAUACUAUAGUUCAUCAUGUUGUAUAAAAAGUAAUCCAAUGAUUUCUGCACAAUCACCACUGAACAAUGAAUAGUAAGGAUUGAAAAACUUGAACACUUUAAGGGUGGAUGUCAGAUUAAUCUUCAAUUGGGUCAUUACUUUUGUGACCUGCGGUCACCGGAAGUUGAUACUGAUACGCUACCAUUUUAUGCACGAACCUAACCGGCUAGUAGAUUGAAAAAAAUAGUCCGUCAGUCAUCUACAACUUAGGACCAGGCACAUAUAUGUAUCAGUCCAAGUUGCUAUACGUCAUCAGCACAACAAGAUGAACACCAAAUUCACAGAGUCAGUUACUUCAAUGGUAGUAAUAUAUAGAAGAAAGAUUGCGCAUAAGGAUGUAAUACAAGAAGAAAGAAUUAGUUCGUAGAAAGAGAGGUAUAAAGUAAAUUUGAUCUGACGGUUUAAAGAGAGAUAAAGAGUGUAUACACCCACGCCGUUGU